AUGAACGAUUUGGACGAGAUCCUGGACUUUGAGGAGGCAGUAGAUUUUAAUUUAUCCGAUAAUCCUGAAGUCCUUGACGUUGAAAUAUUAGAUGAGGAUGGUUUAUUUAACCUUGGUGAUGAAAUAGGCCUUGAAAACAGUAAACAACCAGAUGAAGGGCCCAUUUCGUUAGAGGACACCAAAUAUGGUGAUAAUAGCAAGACUCAGAACAGUGGACAACUCAUAGAGCUAGAUAAUAACUCAAGUGGCACAACACAACCACAAAUAGAGCACUCAGAGGAUGUUACUGAAUUUAACUUGGAUGACCCUGAUUUCCUCAAAGAUUACGAAGAUACAAAUGGUGGAAUAGAUAAUGAAGUGAACAUUGAUGAAGAAUUUUGGAAAGGAUUAGAUGUGGAUCCAACUGAUACUUCGGGCAAAGAAGGCAAUAAAGAGUCCGAUUUAUCCGAGAAACUUGGAACAAACAAUUCUAUAUCUACAUCACCCUCAAAAGAGAACACACUAAAAUCUUCAUCAGAUAUUGAUGUUACUAAUGACGGUAAAAAAUCAAAUGUAUCUAAUAGUGGGAAAUCUGUGACAAGGAAAUCGAAAUCACCUGAAAAAGAAGACGGUGAGAUUAUCAAUCAAGCAUCUUCUACUGAUAAUAAUCGACAAGCUCAACAACAAAAGCAAACACAAUCGCAGCAACAAUCUCCAGCGCAAAAGCAAACACAGCAGCAACGAGCAUCACAACAUACACAACAACAAUCAAACCAUCAUCCUCAACAAAAUACUCAGAAUUAUAGGGGACGAGGUGGCAGAAGAAAUAAUGAUUGGAACCAAGGAAACGUCGGUGAAUUUUUUAACGGAGGCAUGUCAACUUUUCGGUCAGGAUAUGGACCAGGCUUAGACGGAAUGUCAGGAUUACGGCCGCAUGCACUGCCAUUUGUAAAUCCCAUGACACAAUAUCACAUGGGCGCUGGUGGACAUCCGAUGAACAUGAUGCCGUUUCAAGGACAGAUGGAAAUACCACCUUAUCCAAUGGGCGGACGCGGAAACAAUGCAUUCAUCCCGAGAGGCGGUAAUCCUGUUUUCGGUCAUCACAAUAAUCCAAUGUCAUCACGUAAACCUGCAAAUCAACAGUCAAACGCGCAAAGAACAACUCAGGCAAUUCCUCCCAAACGCAAGGCACCAAAUGAUGGAUUCGAUCAAAAAGAGCAAGAUAACAAAAAAACCGCUACUACGAAUGGUAAAUCUCAAGCUUCUGAAAACAAAUCUACUUCAUCUCCACAGAAAAACGUUGAUCGAGCCAAAACGUCUUUAACGACCACUACCGCGAAGAAUUCAUCAAAUUCUAUACCAGAGAAACCGUCCAAACUUGGGAUCUCAUCACCUACUACAAAUAAAGCUCCUGCCACAAAGCUUAAACGACGUACAGACACAUUACCUUCUGAGUCCACAUCGACUUCAAAAUCUACGCAAGAUUCCAAGUCAACUAUAAAAUCAGUACCAAAAAAUACACCCAAUUCUUUAUCUGAAGUUGUUCCUUCAAAAUCCCCUACGACAAAUGCUAGCGGCCCGAUGACAAAUAGUUCAAACAAGUUGACAAUUGAUAAUAUUGAUGACCGUGUGAAUAAACGAGAGCUUCAGACCAUGGCUGGUAGCGUUCCAGGUGGAUUUACGUUGGUUACGGUGGAUCGUGUAGCUCGCUCGGCAGAAAUUACCUUUAAGACAGUUGAAGGCGCAAAGAUGUUUAGGCGAAAGUACAAUAGGAGUGUCCUUGGCAAAUCUAAUAUCAUCAUCAAUUUCUCUUAA